AUGGAGCCCUUACAACUGUCUGUCCAUUUCCGCUCGACACUAUACCUAGGUGACCAGCUCCAGCCCGAUUCCAGUCAUCGAUUAGCAGGGCCAUUGUAUGCCAGUGACGUAUUCGUCUGCUUCAAUCGGCCCGAAUACAUCCCUGUGACUGUCAUGGCCUCUGGCGGCUCAACCGUUCUGGAACCUGAUGUACCUCAUUUCCAGUCUCGCACCAUAGUUAAUUUCGACGUUGAGUAUACUCUCCAACGUGCCACGAUGCGGGAAAUUGGGCUUGAACUCUUUCAAAUUGGCGAUGUCUUGGGCCUCCACGGUACUCUAUUCGGGUAUGAUCAGACCAGGGAUCAAUGGAUAGUACACAGGUGGUGCACUGUUGCAGACAAUUGGCCUGUAAGGGGCCAUCAACGUGGGGGAAUUGUUCUCCAAUCACAUCUGUUCCUGGCCCCACUGAAUGGGGCACACUCAUAUCCUAAUUUCCUGACUCAACGCCGAGGUAUGGCACACGUACAUCUCCUGGUCUCCACCGAUCCAGCCUCUAUGGAGCUCAGUUCUUCAUCUCAUACUAAGCCAGGCACAGCGCCAGAUCAAGCUGCUUCCGAACCGCCAGGAGCGCCUUGUCGUUCAUCUCACAUAAAGCUAGCUGCUAAUAUACAUUCAUUUGGCUCAGCAGAGCCAGACGCGAAGCCGGGAGGCAGCGCACCGGGCCAAGCUUCGGCAGAGACACAACUUGCACCGCCUCACUAA